AUUCUUUUUUUCGGUUUUCUAAGCCUCGGUUUCGGACUUCCUGCGACUGUGCUCUUCCUCUUCCUUCCACCGGAAAACCUCCUUUUCCCGCCGGAAAACCACAAUUAGACGGCGAGAAAUUGCUCUUUCUUGCCCAUUCCGUUCCUUGCUUUUGAAGGAACUGCUGAAUUUUUCUGUAGAUUCAUUGUUGAUGUAGAUAAAAGCGUCGGAUCUCGGUCUCUGAAGCAGUUAGUUUAUCAUUUUGCGGAAUGUGGCCUGUUGGUUCGUUGAAGAGGGUGUCAGCUUCGCCUUUCAUGGAGGAAAUCGUGUUUUAGGGCUGAUUUCGUGGUUUUUGCUUUCUUGGUUUGGUUUGGUGGCGAGGGAAGACACGACGGAGAGGUCAAGAGAAGACGUUCGGUAUGAGAUGGUGGAAGGAAGAGUUCGAUUGUCCAGAGAGGCAAAAAAUGGGUUAGAAAUUCUGAAGCGUAAAAGGCUCCAACAGCUAAAUUCAGGAAAUGCUCCUGAAGUUGCAAAUGUUACUAAUAUGAUGACUAGAAGUGGAGGAGAUGCUUUAAGAGCAUCUGCAUCAUGUGCGGUGAGAUUGCAUGGCAACCCAGAUGCAUUUUCUCGACCUGGUAAUGCAUCAAAAUGCAAAGUGAAUAAAUUUAACUCAACCAAUCUGGAAUGGACUGACAAAAUUCCAGAAUGCCCUGUAUAUUGUCCAACAAAAGAGGAGUUUGAGGAUCCUUUGAUUUAUCUGCACAAGAUUGCUCCUGAAGCUUCAAAAUAUGGCAUAUGCAAGAUUAUUUCCCCUUUGAAUGCUUCUGUUCCUGCGGGUGUUGUAUUGAUGAAGGAGAAAGCUGGUUUCAAGUUCAAAACUAGAGUGCAACCUCUUCGGUUUGCUGAGUGGGAUGCAGAUGACAAGAUCACUUUUCUAAUGAGUGGGAGAAAUUAUACAUUCCGUGAAUUCGAGAAAAUGGCAAACAAGGUGUUUGCUCGUAGAUAUUAUAGUGGUGGAUGCCUUCCUUCUUCAUAUCUGGAAAAGGAAUUUUGGCAUGAAAUAGCUUGUGGGAAGACAGAAACUGUUGAGUAUGCAUGCGAUAUUGAUGGUAGUGCUUUUUCAUCUUCUCCUAAUGAUGAGCUUGCAAAAAGCAAAUGGAACCUGAAGACACUUUCUCGGCUGCCCAAGUCUGUAUUGCGUCUUAUGGGAACUGCGAUUCCGGGAGUAACUGAUCCAAUGCUUUACAUUGGAAUGCUAUUCAGUAUGUUUGCAUGGCAUGUUGAAGACCAUUACUUGUAUAGCAUUAAUUAUCAUCACUGUGGAGCAUCAAAAACUUGGUAUGGUAUUCCAGGCCAUGCGGCUUUGGAUUUUGAAAAGGUUGUUAGGGAGUGCGUAUACACUCGUGAUACUCUAUCUGUUGAUGGAGAGGAUGGAGCAUUUGAUGUUCUUUUGGGAAAAACAACUAUGUUUCCUCCAAAUGUUCUGUUAGAACAUGAUGUUCCUGUUUACAAGGCUGUACAGAAGCCUGGGGAGUUUGUUAUCACCUUCCCUAGAGCAUAUCAUGCAGGAUUUAGUCAUGGUUUUAACUGUGGUGAGGCGGUGAAUUUUGCAAUUAGUGAUUGGUUCUCAUUAGGGGCAGUCGCUAGCCGACGUUAUGCACUUCUUGGCAGGGUGCCCCUCCUUCCUCAUGAGGAACUUCUAUGUAAGGAGGCUAUGCUUCUUAUGAAGAGUUCAUCAUUGGUGCUUCAAAUCAAAGAGCCAUCUUAUUCUUCGGCAGAUUUGGUUUCUCAUCGUUCCAUAAAAGUGUCUUUUGUGAACCUAAUGAGAUCCCUGCACCGCAUACGCUGGUCAUUAAUGAAAUCAAAAGCAUGUGUGGGUCUUUCUAAUAAUUCUCAGGGAACCAUCCUCUGUAGCCUUUGCAAACGUGGCUGCUAUGUGGCAUAUAUUGAUUGCAACUGUAGUUCACAUCCUGUUUGCCUUCGCCAUGACAUCACAUCACUCAGUUUCCCAUGUGGGAGCAGUUGCAUUCUUUCUGUAAGAGAGGAUAUUUUGUUAAUGGAAGCUGUAGCCCAGGCCUUUGAGCAGGAAGAAGGAAUACUAGAGGAGGCUCAAAAGCAAAUUAAAUAUGGGAGUGACUUUUAUCCCCAGUAUAGCUUGCUCUCUUGCAUUGAGGAUGAUGGAUAUGUUCCAUAUUGUGAGAUGAAAUUCGAAAUGGAGGCGAAAGAAUUUACCAAUAUUGAUGUUCCAGAUGCUUCUCUUUCUUCUGCUGCCUCAACUUUAUGUUCUUUUCUUGAUUCAGAACACCAAAGCCCUGCUUUUCUCAACAAUGAGCAUGUGAAUUCCAAUAGUACAAAUUUUGUUUCUUCUAAGGGUUUGGAAGAAAUAUCGGGCAGCAUACAUGAUCCACUAAUUGUCAGGGAUCAAUACAGUGAUGAUUCUGAUUCAGAAAUAUUCAGGGUUAAACGUAGAUCAUCAGUGAAAGUAAAGAAAAGAACUGUAAACAAUGUAAUGACCUCAAAGUUUUCUGAACAGCAGGGGCUUAAAAGGCUGAAGAGACUCCAACCUGAAGGAAGAUUUGGGCAAUCUUCAUCAUCUGACAGCUCUACAACUAAGACAGAGCAACAUGCUAGCGCCAGUGUUAAUUCUAAAGAAGUUUCAGGUCUUGGUCCCAAAAACAGGUUUGCUGGAGGAAAUAUUACUCCCAUCACUAUGAAGUUCAGACCGUUGCUGACAGAUUCAAAGAUGGUUUACAAGGAAGAUGCUGUGAGAGUGAAACCCGUAAAGAACGACUUUGAGGAUUAUAUUGGACAGACAAUGAGAGAACCACAAUCUAUUGAGAUUGGGCCAAAGCGUUUGAAAGUUAGAGGGCCAUCCUAUCCUUGUGGGGGAGAACCGGCUGGAUCAAGUAGUUGGUUGAAGGAGACUGAUGAGAAAUCCAGUGGGUCUGCAUUCUCGUAGAGCCUGACUUGCUAAUUCACUUGUCUAAUGGGGUUCUAACAACACGUAAAAGCCAAAAUUGACUCUGGGAGCAGCGAUAACUAUUAACAGGGUGAGUUUAGAAGGGAGAUUCAGAUUCUUUGUGCAGGCCUAAAAUUGUGGCGCUGGCACGCUUAGAUUGGGUUCUUGGCCAGGGUAUUUUUUUGUCUUUGGCAGGGAGCCUUUCCUACAGGCAAAGCAGAGCUGUUGGGUAGUUUCUAGUGUAAAUUUUGUUGAUCGGUCAAUUCUUUCGAGUGAAGUGGACUAUUUCCACCGUCUCAAAGGUCAGUAGUUUGUCCGCUGCUUCCCCUGGUUCUUUAUUCUUUAAUUGCAAUUGGUCAUUGUACCAUAAACUACAUGAAUAAAAGUUGAGAAAUUACUCUUCUCUCUUUAUCAA